AGGAGAGCAACCUGAUGCACGGCAUCAACGGCAUGAUGUACGCCAACCUGCGGGGCCUGGAUGCGGAGGCGGAGACGCAGAUCCGCUGGUACCUGCUGGGCCUCGGCACCGAGGUGGACAUGCACAGCGUGCACUGGCACGGGCACACAGUGCGCUUCGGUGGGCACACCGUCGACGUCGUCCAGGACAUGCCGGCGACGGGCGUCACUGCGGACAUGUACGCGGACCACGUCGGCAGGUGGCUGAUGCACUGCCACGUGAACGACCACAUCGAGGGGGGGAUGAUCGCCGCGUACGAGAUCGUGGCGAACGCUGCGCGCGGCGAGGCGCAGAUCUCUACCUGCCAGCAGAUGUACGGCAGGGCCGCGGACGAGAAGAUGAGCGACUUCGACUUCGAGGAGAGCUGGUUCGACGGCCACCUGUUCCACAAGGAGAUCAGCCCCUAUUUCCGCGUCGCCUACACCGUGAACUAUGCCGAGAUGUACUUCGACAUGGCCAUUGCUGCUCGCACCACAGGCUGGAUCGGCAUCGGGUUCUUCGGCUUCGACGAGGCGAAGAGCCACGCCAUGAUCGACACCGACAUGAUCGUGGCAUGGGUGCAGAAUGGCCAAGUGCAGG